UCAUUAUUGAGCUGUUUCUAACUUUCACUUUAUUUGGUCAGUUCACUUGAGGCUUUGAGAUGGAAGUGUGUGUUUUCUCUUGGUUACUCACUGCACUGUCUGUGGGUCUGUAUGGGAAAUAUACAUAUGCAGAAGACUGGUGUGACCAUCUUGUUGUUUCUCCACCGUUUCUGCUGGUGGAGUAUGGAAGUCCUGCUGAAGCGAACUGCUCCGUAACAAAGACAAAUCAGACUUUAAAUAAUUACCAACUGGGCUGGGAGUCUAAAGCAUCACAGCCAUAUACAAAUAAUGAGAGCAGUGUGAUGUGGAAGGUGGACAGUCUGACGAUGUGGGAGGAAGAUCAAAUCAUAUGUUACUUAACAGUGAGAAGAACUUCAUGUGAGAAUAAAGUAAAUGUCACCAUUUACAAGAGCCCAGACAGUGUUACACUGAGCUCUAUGUCUGAUGUGUGGGUAAGUGGAGAUCAGACACAGCUGAGGUGUCAGAUUGAAAACGUCGGUCCUGGACGUAAACUCAGUGUACGCUGGAGCAGAGCGGAUCCCAAUCAAAAGAACAUUUUCAUACAGAUCAAUGAGACAUCGUUUCCAGACUUGGUAAAUAAGAUGGAGAGUGUGAACGUGACAGCGUACCUAAACGUUACACCCAGCCGUGAGGAUGAUGGAGCACAGUAUCAGUGUGCAGCCCUGCUGAACCUGGACAAGAACCUGAAACAGAUUACAUCACAACCAAUCACCAUCACUGUACACCACUGGUGUGACCAUCUUGUUGUUUCUCCACCGUUUCUGCUGGUGGAGUAUGGAAGUCCUGCUGAAGCGAACUGCUCCGUAACAAAGACAAAUCAGACUUUAAAUAAUUACCAACUGGGCUGGGAGUCUAAAUCAUCACAGCCAUAUACAAAUAAUGAGAGCAGUGUGAUGUGGAAGGUGGACAGUCUGACGAUGUGGGAGGAAGAUCAAAUCAUAUGUUACUUAACAGUGAGAAGAACUUCAUGUGAGAAUAAAGUAAAUGUCACCAUUUACAAGAGCCCAGACAGUGUUACACUGAGCUCUAUGUCUGAUGUGUGGGUAAGUGGAGAUCAGACACAGCUGAGGUGUCAGAUUGAAAACGUCGGUCCUGGACGUAAACUCAGUGUACGCUGGAGCAGAGCGGAUCCCAAUCAAAAGAACAUUUUCAUACAGAUCAAUGAGACAUCGUUUCCAGACUUGGUAAAUAAGAUGGAGAGUGUGAACGUGACAGCGUACCUAAACGUUACACCCAGCCGUGAGGAUGAUGGAGCACAGUAUCAGUGUGCAGCCCUGCUGAACCUGGACAAGAACCUGAAACAGAUUACAUCACAACCAAUCACCAUCACUGUACACCACUGGUGUGACCAUCUUGUUGUUUCUCCACCGUUUCUGCUGGUGGAGUAUGGAAGUCCUGCUGAAGCGAACUGCUCCGUAACAAAGACAAAUCAGACUUUAAAUAAUUACCAACUGGGCUGGGAGUCUAAAUCAUCACAGCCAUAUACAAAUAAUGAGAGCAGUGUGAUGUGGAAGGUGGACAGUCUGACGAUGUGGGAGGAAGAUCAAAUCAUAUGUUACUUAACAGUGAGAAGAACUUCAUGUGAGAAUAAAGUAAAUGUCACCAUUUACAAGAGCCCAGACAGUGUUACACUGAGCUCUAUGUCUGAUGUGUGGGUAAGUGGAGAUCAGACACAGCUGAGGUGUCAGAUUGAAAACGUCGGUCCUGGACGUAAACUCAGUGUACGCUGGAGCAGAGCGGAUCCCAAUCAAAAGAACAUUUUCAUACAGAUCAAUGAGACAUCGUUUCCAGACUUGGUAAAUAAGAUGGAGAGUGUGAACGUGACAGCGUACCUAAACGUUACACCCAGCCGUGAGGAUGAUGGAGCACAGUAUCAGUGUGCAGCCCUGCUGAACCUGGACAAGAACCUGAAACAGAUUACAUCACAACCAAUCACCAUCACUGUACACCCUGGUAUUAAGACACACAUCACUGUCCUGAUCAUUAUAAUAGUGCUGAUCAUUAUAAUAGCAGCUGUGUCCAUUUCAUAUACGUAUUACAGAUGCAAGGGUAAGAAGGGUCAGCAAGAAGGGUUAGAAAGCAGCUGAGAAACCACAGGCACAACAACUAUGUGGACCACAGUGCUGAGGACCAUGGAGAAUUGUAAAUACUGCUGAACUUAACACCUGAGUGAUAAUGCUGCAUUCAAUUAAAUUUUAACUAAAGUUAUAAAUUUCCAGCCUUCAGUAGGGAAUCCAGAGAAACAACCCCAUCAACUCAGGAAUCCUCUUUGUAACGUCAUGAAGAUCUCCUCAACUUCAAGUUCAGCAUGUGACAUUAAAUCAACAGGGCUGCUCACAACAUAAAGAAAAAACACAGCAGCACAACGCUAUUUUCAAAUAAAUCAAUUAAAAAUAAAUUACAUGAAAUGAAACACCGUUUUUCUCCAGGACCUGGUGUGACAGAAACAUACAACAAGUUCAAACAUAAAACAACAACACAGAGCUAGGACAGAAGUUUGUCCAAGACACAUACAGUGUACAGUGUGCAGCUGGGUGCAAACAGAGCAAAGACAAGACAGUGCAGAGACAGGAAGUACAAAAAAACAACACAAAAAACAGGACAUAGCACUGAAAAAGAGAUGUGUAAUGAAAUGAAAAUGAAGUAAAAUGAAAUGAUGUAAUAUAUAUAUAUAUAACGGCCUCCACGUAUUGUGCAAAAAUGCAGUAGCAGCGGUUGAGGUAGUGCAAGUAGAAAUAAACAUAAACAUAGCAGCAGAUGAAAUAUUAACAAGGGUUGAGGUAGUAAUGAACAAUAUAGUUGCAAGCAACGAUGAUCGGGUCAAAACAACGGCGCCAACACCGCCCAGGCUCACCAGACACAGUGGGCACAGUAGGUACAUGCAUUUAAAGGGGAAAUACCAAAAGAACAAGAGUGACAAUUUGGGUGUAAUGAAAGUGAUCACAGCAAUGUCCACUGAGGGGAAAAAGACAACUGUCUCUCUGUCUAAACAAUAUAAGUGACAGUUUGGGUGUAAUGAAACAGAUCAUAGCAAUGUCCAGUGAUGUCCAAAGGGACAAUGACUCUCCCUCUAAACUAUAUUACUAUAUCAGUUUAUAUAUAUAUAUAUAUAUAGAGAGAGAGAGAGAGAGAGAGAGAGAGAGAGAGAGAGAGAGAGUCACCCAGAAAAAUGUAUAGACAUUUCAGAAAAAGAAAAAAUUGUAUAAAUAUUUUGUUACUAAAUUUAUUGCUAUAUGUUAUAGAUUGAUAUCUAUGAUGAUAUUAUGAUAAUAAUAUGUUAAUUUUAAUAAUAUUAUAUUAAUAUAAUAUACAUCAUACUGUUUUUCUUUUCCUGAAGUGUGUAUACAUUUUUUGGUUGACUCUGUAUAUAUAAAUUGUGAAAAUGAAGCCAUAUUUAAAAAAAGAAAUAAAUAAAGGGGAAAAUGCCUCUAGUGGACAUAGUCUAGUACUGCAGGAGUCAGGCCAAAACCAUGUCCAGUCAAUGGUCUGAUUAAUGUAAAAAUUUGUUGUGAGCCGUUUGAGCGUCACAAAAUCAUGAAACUAAGCAGAAUCACUCACAACCUUUAUGUUUUUUCUAUGUAACAUUUGGAACAUUAGGACUUUCCACUCGUAAGAUAUGAGAAGAUUCAUUUUCUUCUAUUAUGUUCUCAUGUAAAUUGUCGCCAUAGUAACACGAUUCAAAGUAUCAAAAAUUCCUUCACAGUUUCACAUCAGCCAUGUCCUGACAUUAUUCUGACUGAUUUUCAACCAAAUCAGGUGAAAGGGAGAAAAUAUUAGAUUUCUAAAAGUGACACACUUCCUGCUGCCAGUUGGUGGCGCUAUGACUGAGACUCACAGUAGUCAUGUCCAUGUGAUCAGCUUUCUUCUCUUAACAUAAAGUUGAGGUUUGAUGUACAUCACUUAAUGUACACAGAAGUUAUUAGCCACUUCCUGUUUCCUUUUAUUCACCAUAAGUUUAAGGGCUCCUCACGGCUGAACCGUUUGAGAUCAAAAAUCCCUCAACUUUACAUCCUCAAUGUCGAGAUCAUAUUAGCCUGGGUUUGGGCCCUAAAUAUAAGUCUGUGCACACAGGUGUGUGUGUGUGUGUGUGUGUGUGUAGAACAGUUCAGUCCUGGGUGUUGAGGAGCCUGAUGGCUUGAGGAAAGAAACUAUUACACAGUCUGGUUGUGAGGCCCAAAUGCUUCGGUACCUAUUUCCAAAUGGCAGGAGGGUGAAGAGCAGGGCUGGGCAAUUAAUUUCUACAGGGGGCCACAUAACAAAUAUGAACUGUGUUGACCUUGCAAAAAGCAAAAAAAAAAAGCAAUAAAUGAUAUAUUUUGAUUAGCUGCUGCUGGUAA